AUGAACCGCUACAACCUCGGGCUGCCCUUUUCCAAAUGCAGCGAUCCGGCGUGCCCUCAACUCCUCAACCUACAAAGAUGCGCCGCCUGCAAGGCCGUCGUCUACUGCAGCCGCGAACACCAGGCCUCUGACCGACCGCGCCACAAGUCGUCCUGCGCCAUGGUCAAGAGGCAGCUGGCCGCGUACGAAGCCGAGGCCUCGACGCUGCAGGAGCGCAUCUGCCCGGACCAGCACCGCCACAUGCUCGGGGCGACGGGCAACUUCACCGUCAGCGCCCUCAGCGAAAUGUUCACCGCCAUCGUCGGCGCCACCACCCAGGUUCCCCGGUCCUACCUCCAGGCGCGCUUCGACCUGGUCACGGCGCUGCUCAACAUCCGCACCGGCGAGGCCGUCGAGGCCGCGCUGGGUCACGCCACGGCCAUGCUGCACGCCGAUAGGGGGGACGUCAUGGGCGUCAGGAGCAUCGUGCCGACGCUGCUGCUGCGGCUGGGCAGGGACCAGGAAGCCUACGACUUUAUCAAGUGGUACGCCACCGUGCCCCACGACAGGUACAAAUGGGGGGAUCCCGCCGAGCCGUUCCUCAACCUGAGCAGCCAGGACGCGACCGAGGAGCUGGACGACACGGCGUUGGCGAAACUGAGCCUCGAGAAGCUUCCGUUGCUGGCCGCCCUCGUCCUGCUCAAGGUCCGCCUGGCGCUGGACCUGGCCAACCUGACCGACUUUGUAGCCAAGCGGCAAGACGCGGCGGCGGCGGCGGGCGACGAACAGGACGAGCUCCAAGAAAAGGCGCAGUGGGUCCGGGAAGAAGCAAUGAGUGACAUACUACACAAACGCCCAGACCUGGUCAGCAGGUGCGGCACCAGUCGAGGAGAAUCGCUGCAGGAGAGCAACAGGGCACAGAUCGAGAAGCUGAUUGCCGCAACGUCGGCCAGAAACAAGCACUACUGGCCGGCGCUGCACGACCCGACGCAGUACAGCCACCAGUCACCGACGGUGUACGCGCGGGGGUCCAGGGAAGAGGUCAGCUUGGCGUUCCGAGAGACGUGGUAUGGAUGGAGCGAAACGCCCCAGGCGUUGGAUUUCGUCAAAGCACUCACGGCCCCGGGUGUAAUUGGGUCGAGGUAG